GCAAUCCGCUCAAUAGCCGCUAUUAAGGCCACUAGGUCCAAGGAAGUCACUUCGAAAAUAAAAUUGAUACAGCAAAAACAAUACCGUCGCAAAAUAAGUCUGAUGAAAAAGGUAUACGAAUAUAGUAGGAUAUACAGCGCAGAUAUAUACAGCUCUUAUUACCCGACUCCGACUGUGAUAACAGAUCGUGACUUAGAGAAAACUAGGGAGGAGACGGUUUUCAGGGAGCAACGAUAG